GACGCACUGCAUGUAGGUCUUCCUCUACCCUUGCUUCCAGUAGUUCUUCUUCCUUGAAGAUACUCAAGCUGCCAUGGGUCUGCAUUUCUGCUCUACCUCCCUUCUCAUGGGCUCCCAUCAAUACCCAAUUCAAAAUCAUAGAUUCAUGUUCCAGAACUCUCCAUACACAUGUCACCCCAAGUGGAAAGGCCUUCCUCAAAGGCAAGUUAGACACCAAGGGUGUUUGAUUCCUUUAAAAAGGAUUAAUCAUGUACGAGCCAUGGCAAUUUGUCAUACACAAACCCUAACCGAUAAUACUGCAGACUAUCGGAAAAACCUAGCCCAAAGCUAUGGUUAUACCCAGAUAGGAGAACCCCUCCCUCGAAAUGUUACCUUAAGGUCUAUCGUUGAAACAAUUCCGAAAGAGAUGUAUGAGAUUGAUGAGGCGAAAGCAUGGAAGGGAGUGUUAUUAUCAGUGAGUUCCUAUGCCUUAGGGCUCUUCAUGACUUCACAAGCCCCAUGGUACUUGCUUCCUUUGGCUUGGGCAUGGACAGGGACUGCUGUCUCAGGGUUUUUCUGCAUAGGCCAUGACUGUGGUCACAAAUCAUUCUCAAGGAACAAAUUGUUAGAAGACAUUGUUGGAACCCUAGCAUUUUUGCCCCUUAUAUACCCAUACGAGGGAUGGCGCUUCGAGCACGAUCGACAUCAUGCGAAAACAAACAUGUUGCAUGAAGACACAGGGUGGCACCCUAUCUGGAAAGAAGAUUUCGAGUCAUCUCCGCUUCUACGGAAGGCUAUGAUCUACGGAUAUGGCUUAUUGCGACCUUGGAUGACCAUUGCUCAUUGGUUGAUGUGGCACUUCGAUGAGAAGAAGUUUAGACCAAAUGAACGCAAGAGAGUGAAGAUAAGUGUGGGCUGUGUGUACGCGUUUAUGGCGGUCGGAUGGCCAUUGUUGGUCUAUGGGACCGGUCCGGUUGGGUGGUUUAAUUAUUGGUUCAUGCCAUGGCUCGUCUUUCAUUUCUGGAUGAGUACUACGACAAUGAUCCAUCACACAGCCCCUCACAUAUCUUUCAAGCCUGCAGAAGAGUGGAAUGCAGCGCAGUCCCAGCUUGGUGAGACUGUUCAUUGCGACUUCCCUCCUUGGAUUGAGAAUCUCUUACAUCAUAUUAAUGUCCACAUUCCUCACCACCUUGCUCCAAGGAUACCACACUAUAAUUUACGAGCAGCUCACAAGUCGCUUCGAGCAAAUUGGGGAAAGCAUCUAACUGAGGCCACUUGGAACUGGCGUCUGAUGAAGGCAAUCUUGACAGAGUGCCACGUAUACGAUCGAGAAAGAAAUUAUAUCCCAUUUGAUGAACUUGCCCCUGAAGAAUCCCUUUCCGUCACUUUCCUAAGAAAAUUUAUGCCAGAUUGGUCCUGAGUUUGAUUAUUGUCUGUGUGCUUUGCUGGAUUCAACCACUCCUUUUUGGCUCCACCCAAGCUGCCAUCUUGUUCCUUUGAUUAUAUUAAGUAGAGAUAAAUAAUUUUAAAAUUGUUUUCUAAAUUUUUAAUAAUAAAUUUUAAUUUGCAA